GCUAUACUGUGAAAUCACUACAACAGAUAUGUUUGUAUAGAAAAUAUUUGACUUGAAGCAAAGUACACCACCUGAACUCUGUCGAAUGUUACGGUUGCAAAUAUUUUCGGUGUGUGUGUGUAUUGUACGAAAAAGUGAUUGACUUUUGAUUGACUUGAAAUUCAGUGCACCAUAAAUUAGAAUUGAAAAAGUUUAUUAUGAUUUCAAACGGCGAAUCGCGAAUCUGAAUAAUAGACAAUCAAAUAUCAAGUGUACAUUCGAUCAAAAUUUUAUAUACAUAACAAAAAGACCAAAUAAACCUUAGAAGAAUCGUUUUUAGCGUAAUAAAAAUUAUCGAACGUUUAUCGGACGCAUUAAUUCUAUGUGUUUCGCGAGAACAUUCGUGUUUGUUGUGAAAACAAUAGGUUACUUUUAGUUGAAAGAUGUUAUAUUGUGGCCGAAACUGAAAUUUGUUACAAAAUUGCAAAAUAAAAUUGAUUCUCUCGGAAAAUAUUUUCGAAUCAUAUUUUUCGAUGUUAUGGAUAUCAAAAAGAAAUAUAAUGAAUUGAGAGUGUGAAAGACAAUUUUAGUAUUUGAGAAACGAUAACGUAUAUUCGGUCGAAGAUACCACGGUAAUUGGACAGUGAGUACUCUUUAAAAAAAUGGGCCGGAAGGAAAAAUCUAUAAAUGCAACUGUAGGAUCACCAGCUUCAACUUCAAUAAUAAGUAAACGCACCUAUAGUCGACAGCUCCCCUGUAGUACUUUAAAUCAUCAAACGGAAACAAUUUCAAUCACGACGAACCAAUCAGAAAAUGUGAAAAUGGAUGAAACAGAUUCAAUGCACACAAUCGUCUUGGGCUCAAACAAUACGGAUAACAAUAGUCUGAGUUUGGAUGCUCGAUUACACAUGCCAUUAUGUAAGGGCAGAUCAAAUUCGAAAAAACAUAUGAAGCAAACAGGAGAAAUGCAAGCUGAAACACAACUGACGAAUAGCUCAGUCUCAAUGAUUUCUCAACGGCCUCGUAGACAAGUGAAGCACAAAUUUAUCAAGAGUGCUAAUGCCAAUGUAACUGUCAGAAAUGAAAACAGUGUGGCUAACAACGACGUAAGUGAUGAAUCGAAUUCGUUGUUGAGCACCUUGUCGCCUAACAGCAAAAUGCGUUUAGUGCCUAUGGUAUAUCGUUUACCAAUGAAUGCUUCCAAACUUAAUUGGCAGGAUUUGGUUUCUAAUAAUUCUACGGAAACCACCGAAGUGGAGUGUGAAACGACAACAAUUUUGGAAGACGAACCUGGAAUUUCAAUUGCUGACGAAAAGAAAACGGAACACCACAAUGUAUCGAACAAAAGCAAAGAAGCCAUUCGAAGUGUUCGCGAUUUGCGGCAAAAUGUAUGCCCCAUUGAGCCUGUUGAAUGUUAUAACUUCAGCGAAAUAUUCGACAAGGACGCUGUAGAAACGCAAAAUGAAGCAAAUAACACCUUUUCCGGAAACAACCUAACAAGCACGUUUUACGAUGACGAAGAUGACAUAAUGAUUGUUGAAGAAAAAGACGCUCUUGAUAUCCCCGACCAAAUUGAAUUUGUAGCCGAGGAGGUUGUAAUUGAGGAAACCAUUGGCGAUGAUUAUACGGAAAUAAUAUGUGUUUCACCAAAAUACAUGAACGAAAUGUCAAGUUUGAAUGGUAGAGAAAAUGAUUAUAAUAAUGAAUCGAGCUCCAAGAAUGAAUCGUAUGAAAAUAACAAAAGCGAUCUACAUCAAGUAGGAUCAAUGAGCACAGAGGAAGAGAACACUCAAACGGAACCAAUUUAUUUAUCUGAUUCAUUGAGUUGUUUUGAUUCCAAUUCCGAUUCAGAAACACAACAUUCAGAAGUCCUUGAAUUAGCUGAAAAAUUUGAUGCAUCUAAAGGUAUCGUAUCAGUACUGACAGAAAAGGUAGGUGAAGACGAUGAAGCACAACCUCUAAAUGAAUCAGCGGACGAUGUAAUUAUCGUGCCUGACUGUACCGACACUAUUGAAAUUGAUCGAUCCGACACUGAUGAUGAAAGGUUUUCUGGCACAAUUUCUUUUGAGACAUGCAUUGAAAGUGACUCACAGCCAUCAGUUGAUUCAGUUAAACAUAUGAACAAUGAAAACAGAUUUAAAUCGAGGUUCAACAAUUCACAACUGUAUGAGACAACAACCGACGCCGAUGAUGAUUCGAGUGAGGUUGAAAAGCUUUAUGUACGAUCGAGGAGAGAUAAUGUCGCACGCAAAAAUUAUUCAUGCCGACGUAAUUAUGCAAGGCGAAAAGGUAAAAAUGAUUUGGAAACUCCGACCUCGGAUGAAAUGAGUACAAAUAAAAAAGCAGAUAAUUUAAGCAAUAAGACGCAAGCCACUGAAACAAUUGAGUACUCUAAUUCUGAAGAAUGUUCAAGUGAUAAAAUGACAUCACCGGCAAUAAUGCAAGAUUGCAAUACCACUGAUGAAGAAAGUCCCUUUAAUAUGACGAAAGCAAAAGCCGUUCGAACCUAUAUUCGAAAAAAAGUAUCAACUCCAAAUUCUACAUCGAAAAUCGUGCCGUUAAAAGAUAAUGAAUCACGAGAGCCGGAUCUUCAAAUGAAAAACUUGAAAAGCAGUUGCCAUGAGGUUCAAGUAAGUUCCAAGCCUGAAUCCAUUCAAAUACCGAGAAAACGAGGAAGACCCCGAAAGAAAGCUGUUCUAGUCAUGAACCUGAAAUCAAACGACAAAUCUUCGGUAACAGAUGGAAAAGCAUCCAGUUCAACGUCGAGGAAUCAGUCACCUAUUGGUGUACCUGAAGUACAGAAAAAUGAGCCAAAUAAAAAAUAUGAUAAUGUUCAAGAAUCACAUACCCCCAUCGAAAAUACUGCCGAAUUCAGUGAAUUCAUUGAAGAUAUUUCAUCGAUGAAGAUCGAAGAUGUCACUAUCAUAAAUGAAGUUCCAGAUGAAAAACAUGGUGAGAAAAUGGGAAUCGAAAUAGCCCAGUCAAGUAGCGUAAAUGAGAUAAAUAUAGUAAGCGAGAGUAAUGUUAUGGGACAAAAAGUUCUGAAUGAAGAGCAAAUCGCCAGCAUAGAAGUUGAAAAUUAUGAACUAAAUUCUACCAAGACUGAAACACAAGCAGAAGCCAUGGAUGUAGAGCGUGUCGAAAAAGAUAAAUCUAUAAAAAAAGAUCCAGCGGAAUAUGAUGACCAAAUGAUGGCAGAGUCAACAAAUAUCAAUAGCACUGCUGAGGAUUCUUUAAGUGAUCAGUUAGCUGAACAUCCAAAAGUAAAAGAACAACAUGCAGCUAUAACUAUGUACAGUUUUGAAUCAUUAGUUACGGAUACUAAAUAUGAGACUACGGUCAUCCUACAGCAAAAAAAAGUAGAGUCAAGCGAGCCAGCGAUCGAAAAUAUAUCAAGAAAAAUUGAAACAAUCGAAAUCAAUACAGAACCAAAAGAAAGUAUUAUCUGUGAAUCUGGUGAGAAUUUCAAGAAAAUGCAAUCAGUAGAUACUAAGCCAGAUGUAAAUAAAUUUGAAAUUAAAUCAGAAGAAGGAACUAUGCAAAUCAAACCUGAUAAAGUCAAGCCCCAAAUGGAGAUGACAAGUGCCUUAGUCGAUUUAUCAGUAGAGGUAGCUACGGCGAUUGAAGACACAUCGAUUCGACGAUCGGGCAGAAUUAGAACCAUAAACAAAACGAAACAACGUUCACAGGGUAUGGGUUUAGUAAGAGAUAAAAAGCGCGCUCUAGUAAUAAUUGAUGAGGAUUCAAGUAACGCCAGUUUUGACGUAUCAACUGAAAACACUUUGGAUAAGGAUGCAUUACAGUCUGGAGGAGAACCCAAGGUGAAUCCACGUAUCAAAACCGAUGAAGAAUUGGAACGUGAGAGAAUCAACCGUGAGAACGGCAUGAAGUUAUUCAUUGCCAUCGCUGACAAUGAAUAUAGAUCUGAACGAACAAUAAGUAAAGAAGCCAAGAAAAUGACUUGCGAUUGCUUUCUUACCCAAUCUGAAAUCGAGCGCGGCGAAAUGGGAUGCGGCGAUGAUUGCUUAAACCGAAUGUUAUUGAUUGAAUGCGGACCGAAGUGCGUCGUUGGAGAUCGUUGCACGAAUCGUCGUUUCCAGAAGCAUGCAAAUUCCGCGUGUACCAUUUUCAAAACCGAAAAGAAAGGCUAUGGCCUUAUCGCCACAUCUUACAUACCAGCUGGCGUUUUCAUUAUGGAAUACGUUGGUGAAGUGUUGAAUAGUAAACAGUUCGAGAAACGUGCCAGUGAUUAUUCAAAACUCAUGAAUGCUCACUAUUACUUCAUGGCAUUGAGCAGCGAUUGCGUUAUCGAUGCUACAAAAAAAGGAAAUAUCUCUAGAUUCAUCAAUCAUUCUUGCGAUCCAAAUGCCGAAACACAGAAAUGGACAGUUAAUGGGGAAUUACGGAUCGGGUUUUUCAGUAAGAAGCCGAUCAUGUCUGACGAGGAAAUCACUUUUGAUUAUCAGUUUCAAAGAUAUGGAAAAGAGGCGCAAAAGUGUUAUUGUGAAUCAAUCAAUUGUCGUGGAUGGAUCGGUGGUGAGCCGGAUUCAGAAGAAGAAAUCGAAUCCGACGAUGACGAAGAAAGUGAGGAUGAUGUCGCGGCCGUAACCAGAGAUGAAAGUGAGUUUUCUGAAUCGAAAAUAUCCGUUACUCUAGACGAAACGAUCAAAAAGAAGGCUAAAACACCAAAACCAAGAAAAUCCAAAGACGCAACAAAGAAACCAGUGAAAAGAGAACGCACCAAAGCCAGUCAUAAAAUUUCCAACGAUUUCAAAAAACAUAUGAAAAGAGCCGAAAUUAUGGAGGACCCUGACCUUGACAAAGAAAUUGACGUUUUAGCUAUGAGUGGCCUAAAAAAUCAAGUACAAACACUUCAGUUUAGCAGAUUGAUGGUUCGUGCGAAAUUACAAAAGGCAAAAUUGCGUUUGUUGAAAAUGUUGCGAGAGGGAGAAUUGCCAUGUCGUCGACUUUUCCUUGACUACCAUGGUUUGAAAUUGAUGCAUUCGUGGAUGUCGGACUUCAAUAGCUCAGAUCCACUACUGAGUCUCACAUUCCGUUUGGAUAUAAUUCAAACGCUUGAAAAACUACCAAUCACUAACAAAACUAUGCUGCAAGACAGCAAAGUGCUGUCAACUGUUCAGCGAUGGUCAACCAUUAGUGAAUACUCCUUCCUCGUAGAUGAAACACACACUCCAACCAGCAAUCAAAAGGUUUCUAUUGUGGCAAACGAUGAGUCAUCGCCUUCAGACAGUGGUUCUGGUACACCAAUUUUGAAUGAUGAAACCUCUAGCCCAAAAAUGGAUGAAAUGUCUGUAUCUGCUACGAUAAAUUCGGCAGCCAGUCCGGAUUCAUUGUUAAUCGAUCAGAAGCCGUCCGAGAUGAUUUAUGGUGAAAGAAAUGUAACGGGUGUCAAGCCAUCCGAUGUGCUGAAUGCAAUACCUCAAAUUCUCGAACAAAAUUCCACUAUUAAAGGCAUGGGCGUUGAUUUAUUGAAGAGUAUUAUUAGUACAACUGAAAAAAAUACAAAAAUUAUUGAAGAUUCGGAAAAAUUACCCGACGGAGAUAUGGGAAAAGUGGUACGCGAUAUUUGUCUGUUGGCUUCAAAGCUAGUUAGCUCUUGGAAGCAAUUGCCAGAAUCGUUCAAGAUUCCGAAAAAAUUGCGCAUUGAACAAAUGAAAGAGCAUGAACGAGAAGCUGAUGAGAGCUAUAAAGAAAAUGUUGAGGAAAAAACCUCACAGAAAUCACACUCAACAUUCAGUAGUACUGGUCGUUUCAGUGAACGAGUGGGUAAAAUCACAGAUAUAAUGGAUUCACGUGAAAAAGAUCCACGGUUUCGCCGUUCAUUUAAUAACAGCACCAUCUCGAAGCAUCAACGACGCCAAAUGUUUGAAGCGAAAGUUGCCCAAGAGGAUGCAGAACGAAAGAAAACCAUGGAACACAUAAUUCACGAAGCAAGAUGCGCAUUUUUCCAGCUAGACCCUCGUAUAACGAGGGAUUUUAUGGUACCCAUGUGUGUUAAUCCCACUACUGGUCAAUGGUUUGGCAACAAAAUGAUCAAGAUACCAACACCGCCAAGUCACAGUCACAUCAAACCACCGCCUGUACCUCUUCCAACCGAAAUCAAUGAAUACAUUAUUCCACCAAUUGAUUUGCCUGACCUUUGGAAAUAUGCAAUCAAUGAAAGAGGCCAAAUUUACUACUACCAUACAAAAAUAUUAUUACCACAAUGGGAGCCACCAAUCAAGCUCUUACCGCUAAUGGAAGAGCAUCGUAUCAAUGAUAUUGAGAUUAAGGUUGAAAAUAUAGAUACACCACAGCAUACGGCGACGGAUGAUGGUCAUGAGAUAGAACAUAUGGAACACGAUUGUGACGACGAAGACGAAGAUGUUGUGUCCAUUUUAUCAAGCUCUACAAUGAAUCCGAACUGUUUGCUCGAAUUGAAGUCAGACCCUAUUUUGGAAAAAUACAAUGAUGACGAUUCCAGUUCGACCGAUUCUGAUGAUAGUCUAGUUAUUGAGCUUGCCGAAUUGGAGGCCAAAUAUUCCUAUAUCCGAAAGAAAACUGAGGCGUACUGGAUAAAUAUGAAACGACCGCCGAAUUUGAAUGAAGAAAUUGCUGCGAUGGCUAAAUCGGAUCCAGCGUGCAUAUCAAUAAUAUCUACUGAAAAUAUUCGAGCUAGAGAUGAAGAAAAUCAAAAUAUUUGUGUUGCUAAAAGCAAUACUGGUGAAGAGCAGUGUAGGAAAAAAAAAUGUCGCAUGCAAUUGGUCCAGGAAAUUCGAAUUAGCCCUCUUUCGGAAGAAAUGAAACGCGAGCUACGGCGAGACUCACGCCGAUACAAAGAAAAUAAGGCAAAAUUGCGGCGACAGAAAGAGAUGUUAUUAAAACGGAAAAGCGAUAUGAAGGUUUCACAUACAGGCGUGCCCGUCCGGAAGCUCAAAAAGAUUACAGAAGGUCUACCUCAAGUCUCGAAGCAUGCUGUGGAUAGCGAUAGCCAUGGUUCAAAUGACAAUCAUUUAUUUUCUGUUGGGUCGUUUUCAUCGUCGCGCUACCAUAAUAGCGACUCAUUCGAUGUAAGGCGCACAAAAUCAUCUGCAUUUGCCCCACUACCAGCUGUGGGUCUAUCUGCAUCAUCUUCAAGCUCUUUGACCACAUCCCAUAAUACAAUCGACAUACCAUCACGAACAUCGCAAUCUUCACGCAAUGGCCUGCCAUCAACAUCGUUGACACAAAGUAUUGUGAAUAAAUUGCCAAGUAUUGGACAUAAAUUUGUCGGUGAUACAGAAGAACUGAUUAUGAAAAAUACAAUAAGGCCGAUUAGGCCUGCUGAAUCGGUUAGUGCUUCAGCUGUAGCCCCCAUUGUUAACACAAUCAGAAACACACCCAUCCAGCAGACACAACAAUCACUAGUCAGAAAACCAUCACACUCAAUUGUCAGCACAUCGAAGUCUUCUCCGAAACCCUUCAAAAAGAAGAAAACAUCGGAUCCAAACGAAUGCAUUGAUGUUAAUAGUCCAGCAGCUAAAAAAAUCAAAGAAAAAUUUAAAUCGGAUAUAUCAGGACAUAUAGUUUACUAUCUCAAACCAUACUUCAGCAAAACCUGUACUGUCGGACAAAUUCAAAGCAGUGAUGAUUUUCGUCAUUUGGCACGAAAGCUCACCUUCUUCGUUAUGCUAAAAGAGUUGAAGUACUGUAAUAAUGUGAGCUUACUGGAGGUCACUGACUCAGUGAAAAAUAAAGCCCGCGAAUAUAUAAAAAAAUAUAUGUCAAAAUUUGGAAAAUCCUACGUUCGAGAUGAAAAUGAAAAGGACUAUCAUUUCGAAGAUUUGUAGAUAGAAUAAACUGGAGGACAAUAAAAAUGGAGGAAGUUUCUCCAAAGAACAUUUAAAGUGAAAAAACAAUGAAACAGACAAGAUAUUACCGAUACUAAAUUAUUGUUUUCAAAGUAUUUUAACGUAAAUCCUUAUUUCCCUUUGAAUUUAUAUAUUUUAUUUGAUUCAGAUUUUAUUUCGGGAUACUAGGCCAAUAAAUUUGAACAUUGAAUAUGUAUAACUGUAUAUUAUAAUUACGAAAUGUCGAAAUGAAUAAAACGCUAUAAUUUUUAUCCCUCUGAA